AUGGUGGGCGCAUGGAAAGGAGAGUCCACAAGAGCGUAUAUCGAUUGGGUGCCACAUCCAAGUCUUGACCAAUACCGAGAAAGCAUUCACACUUCUGUGGUCAAAGAUCUUGAAAAUGUCGAAAAAGCCCUGGUCACUGGCCUGGAGGAACUGACAGUCGAUCUUGACCACCAUUUUGACGACUUGGCCAACAUCGAAGAGCCACUACAAAAGCCCUUCGACACGGAGACCCUAAGCAUCCAGCCCAAACCAGGACCCAAGCAGCAAGCACAAGAAGUCCUGCUACAGGAUCGAAUCACUGCCUUUCGGAAGCUCAGAGAAGAGAAGGAGAAGAUCCUUUGCAAAUUGUGGGAGGACUGGGAGGACAUACAAUUUCGACUCAUAGGCCUGGCUGCGGAGGUGCUGGGUCAAGAUACCCUGGCGUUUGCUCAAGUUCGAGACGAAGACAUGAAGCCCGGUCAGAGAGAAAAGCUGGAGAACGCUUUGGAGGCUGCUCAAAAGAUCUUCGACGCGAAUGGUGACCCUCACGACAGCCUGGCGCAAGACCUGGAAGCUUUCGAAGAGAACGUAGGUCAGAUUGCAAGCAAGACCAAAUCGACCGUGUCGGAGUUGCAGCAGCAAUACAACGUACAAAAGAACAAGUUGUUCAAAGGUCUACACCGACAUAUCGAGCUACUUGCUGCGCUCUGA